GAUAAUCUGAAAAAUUUUCUAUCUCUCGCCCGGCGUGAACUCAGUCCAGGGCCGCCGCCUUGGGCUUGCACAAUGGCGGAGGACUCCGGCGCCAUCCUCCGCCACAUCUCCUCCCUCAAGGACAUGGUCGACAAGGUCAAUGAAGAGAUUGAACGAAACAUACAAAAGACCAGGGAAAUAGAAUCAGAGAUAGUGCAGCAUUCUGAAACCGAAAAGCACUAUCUCAACAAGGAGUCUGAGUUGACAAAAGAAGUAUCAGUUACUGAGUUUGAACUCAAUGGCCUUAUCCAAGUGGCUGCUGCUGAAUCAGAUUUUCUUAAAGUGGCUGAGGGAAAUUUGGAGUUCCAGAAAGUUGCUCAGGAUAGGAUUCGAAAAAGAUUGUCUGAUAAGAUGGAAAAAUUCAUCAAUGAAUCUAUGGGAUUUCAAGCCAAUAUGCUCAAAAGUUCGAGUGAGGAUUUAGUUCUCUUACUGAAUGAAAAAAGUUCACUGGAGGAUGAAAGUGCGAAAUUGAAAAUGAAGAUAAACACUGUACAUAAUUCUUCUACGGAAUACAUUGCAGAGAUUCUUGAGGAAGUAAAUACAGAAAAUUCAGGUAGUCUGAAGGUUUGUGGCAACUCUGAAGCCCUGGCUUCAUAUUUCAGUCAAGAUGCUGCUGGUCAGUUCGGCAGCUGUGAGGCUCCUGUAGGAUUGGGCAAGCCAUCUGGGUGCCUGGGUGAGGAGAGUGAACUUAGUAAAAUGCCAUGGAUCUCGCAGGUCAAUGAUUGCACUUUGGUCAUUUGUUUGUUCAAGGUAGCUGCUUGUCAGAUGGCAAGAAGAAUGAGGACUCAUAGAUGUCCUCAGAAGCAGGAAGAUACUGGUAUGCUUUGAUGGUGAAAUUGGGCUCUGAGAUAAGAGCUUUAGUCAUUGUCUCAUGGAGCUUUGCCAACAUAGUGAAAGAUGGUAAAGCUGAAGGGGAAGAAAAAUGUGGAGUGAAGAAUUUAUAGUUCUGGAGUCUGAGCUACGGUACAUGAUUUCGGAAUAUAAGGAUGUUCAAAAGGAUAUAAACAACCUGAAGGUUCUGUUUAGUUCAAGCAAUUCAUAGGACAGGUUCGCAUCACUGCAGGUAUAUUUAAUCUGGCUUGGCUACUGGCCUUCGAGCAGAGCCCUAUUUUUUUUAAUAAUGAUUUCUCUUAUAUUGAAGUAUCCUACCUGUAAUGAUGAAAAUACAUACAAGAUUGCUACUGACAUCAAGAUGACUGGAAUAAAUGCUAAAUUCUUCAGUAGCUUGAUAGGAACUGUACAUGCUUAAUUUAUGGGACCUUAAACAAGAGUCUUUUAUGGACAGCGAAGGCUAAACUAUGUCGUGUUACUGUUAUGUUGUACUUUGCCUGUUGGAGUUUAUUUAAUAAUCUACAUAAGAACAACCUUGGUAUGCUUAA